UAUUGCCCCAGUCCUCGUCGAGAAAUUGCGCUUUUUGUCGUUGUCGAACGUUAUCUUUGAUGCCAGCACUGCCACUUUGCGGAAUGGAUAUUCUGCGCUUCGUAGAUCAGACGGAAUGGUGUAUUCUCAUCGAUGAGAUUGAUACAUCAACAAUUGACGUGAUCCUCUUCUCUGGCACGUUUAGAGAUAACCUGGAUCCUUUUGGUGAGCAUGACGAUGCAGAAUGCAUGGAAACUCUGUACCGUGUACAGAUGAUCUCACAGAGCCAGUUCCCUUCGCGACGCACUUCUCAACUGUCGACAUCUGCAGCGUCUCGUCCAGCGUCUGUCCACGAAGACACCACGGAUUCUGUAUCUGCUACAUUUACUGAUGUCGAUGCUACAACCACCGUGUCUUUGGAUACAAAGGUUUCCCCAAGAGGUACCAACUUUUCUCAGGCACAAAAACAGCUGAUCGCGAUGGCAAGAGCUAGCGUCGACUUUGCCACAGAUGCAAAGAUCCAGAAGAUGAUCCGGGAAGAGUUCACGCAAUCAUUACUGUUGAUGAUAGCGCAUCGACUCAGGACUGUGAUUGAAAUUUACGACCAUCUUAUCAUAGCCGAAUUCGAUAUGCGGCUACGCUUGAUACAGCAAGAGGAUGGGAUAUUCUGGAACAUGUAUAUGAAGUCUGGUAGCGUCAGCGAAUGCAAAG